AUGACCGAGAAGAUCGACCCCGUGGACACGAUCCACGCCCGCGAACAUGACGACUCCGAGAAGGCAAGUCUCCAUAAGGAAGUCGAGACCAAGGUCAUCACCGGCUCCGAGGCCUUCAACGAGGCCAUGAUCAAGGAACCCCCCAGCGCCUGGAGCAAGCCCCAGCUGUACAUCUACGCCUUCUCGCUUGUCGGUUUCUUCUGUUCCACCAUGAACGGAUACGACGGCUCCCUCAUCAACAACCUGCUCCAGAACCCCUCCUUCAAGGAACGCUACGGCGCAAAGAACGACGGCAUCUGGGCCGGCAUCAUCGCCUCCAUGUACCAGAUCGGAGGAGUCGUCGCCCUGCCGUUCGUGGGUCCUGCCAUUGAUACCUGGGGCCGCCGUGUCGGCAUGUUCAUCGGCGCCGCCAUCGUCAUCAUCGGAACCUGCGUCCAGGCCACCGCCACCGGCACUGGCCAAUUCAUGGGCGGCCGUUUCUUCCUUGGUUUCGGUGUCUCGAUCGCUGCAUCCGCAGGCCCCAUGAUGGUCAUUGAGCUCAACCAUCCCGCCUUUAGAGGAGUCGUCGGUGCCAUGUACAACACGCUUUGGUUCUCCGGCGCCAUCAUCGCCUCCGGCGCUGCUCGCGGCGCUCUUGACAUCAAGGGAGACGCUAGUUGGCGGCUCAUUACCUGGCUCCAGGCAUUGUUCUCUGGUUUGAUCUGCCUGUUCUGCCUGUUCUUGCCCGAGUCACCGCGCUGGCUGUUCGUCAACAACAAGAAGGACCAGGCGGCCGCCGUGCUGACCAAGUACCACGGAAACGGCAACCCGGACUCUGCCUGGGUCAAGCUCCAGCUGCACGAGUACGAGGAGCUGCUCAACAUGGACGGUGCUGACAAGCGCUGGUGGGAUUACCGUGCGCUGUUCCGCAACCGCGCCUCCGUCUACCGUCUCGGCUGCAACGUCUGUAUCUCCAUCUUCGGUCAGUGGGCAGGCAACGCCGUCCUCUCCUACUUCCUCGGAUCUGUUCUCGACACUGCCGGCUACACGCACCCCAUCCAGCAGGCCAACAUCACCCUCAUCAACUCUUGCCAGCAGUUUGCCUUCGCCAUCUUCGGUGCGCUCCUUGUCGACAGAGUCGGCCGCCGCCCUCUCCUCCUCUUCUCCUUCACCGCCUGCACGGUCGUCUGGCUCGGAAUGACCGUCGCUUCCGGUAUCCUCUCCAAGUCCCAGAUCGGCGAGACCGACGGCGGUGCUCCCAUCUUUAACAACCCAGCCGCCUCCCAGGCCUGCUUGGCCAUGAUCUUCAUCUUCGGCAGCGUCUACUCCGUCGGUAUCACCCCUCUCCAGGCUCUCUACCCCGUCGAGGUCCUCUCCUUCGAGAUGCGUGCCAAGGGUAUGGCCUUCUCCAACUUGGCUGUCAACGCCGCCGGUCUCCUCAACCAGUUCGCCUGGCCCGUUUCCAUGGAGCAGAUUGCCUGGAAGACCUACAUCAUCUUCACCAUCUGGGACGCCAUUCAGACCGUCAUCAUCUACUUUUACAUCCCCGAGACCAAGGGCCACACUCUCGAGGAGCUCGACCACAUCUUCUCCGCCAAGAACCCCGUCAAGGCUUCUACCCAGAAGAAGGCCGUCGCCGUCGACCGCUACGGCGAUGUCGUCAACGUCCAGGAGGUCUAA